GAGAUCAACCUUCAAAAUGAAAAUACGUAUCCGCAUUCUGCUGCUGACCUACGCGGUUUUUCAGAACUUUGAUGAUUUGAAUGCAAUGCACCCAGGAUCAGGUGCAAACGUUGGAGUACAUGGAAUUGAUCAAAGAUCAGAUGCACACAUUGGAUUAAAUACAAUGUAUCCAGAAUCAAUUAUGAACGUACGAGAAAAUGCAAUGGAUUUAGCAGAACUUCCAUGCUUAGAAGGAUCGGCAUUGUAUGUGAAUGAUGCUGCAUAUAGAACAGCCAGAAAGCAUUUGCGAGCUGUAGAAAGACUCCCAAUCCCUAAAAAUGUAACUGUUUUUUAUGGACUUAGGCCAAUUGAACUGUGGCUUGAUCCGAUUACAAAAAAAGUAUUUCAUGCUUAUUUUGAUGGCUGUUAUCUUCCCCAACCAUCAUACUAUGCACGUUACAAUUUUUUAACCCGUUGGGUUAGGUUAAAGGAUGAGCGUCAUAUUGACCAUGACAUAGUGGCUUAUGUAGGUGAUCAAGGGAGGCUUAUCGGAGUCAGGGCAGCGGUAUUGCCAAAAGGUACACGGGCGAUCAAUGUUACACCAGACAGAUGGUUAAUCGUUCACCUUAAGCAUAAAUUUGAUGUAAUUGUAAAUACUGAGCAAAAGAAAGUGCAUGGAAUUAUACCUCAAAAAGGAAAUCUUUUUGGUUAUGAAUAUAAGAAAAGAUAUCUAGCAAAUGUUGCCAAUAUAAAAUUUUGGUGGUACGAAGUCGGCGAAAACGGAAAACCUUCGGGAGCUGGAUUGGUCGAGGAUUAUUUUUAUCCUACAGGAGAGAGUUUUCUUUUACCCGGACCCGCAGGAAAAGAAAAAAAGAUAAUUGGUCGACCAAGAAUAAAAUCUUUAAAUGAAGUUGAAAAUGUGGAAGCCUCCAGCAGUCGUCGAUCCAUUGUUCGACCAAGAAUAAUACCCUUAGAUGAAAUUGGGGUCGCGAAACCUCCAGCAGGGAAAAGUUUAGUAUUUAAAUUACCUAAAGGAUUAUAAGGGCUUUCCAAGAAUCCACUCUCCCCUUUGACGAUAAAUAAAAAAAUCUUUUAACCCCCCACCGUGCACUUAGUAUACGUAAAUUAUGUUUACCAGAAAUAAUAAGUUAUGGGAAUCGAAACUAAUGAAUAUUAUUUUAAUUUGAAAUACGCAAUGUCUCUAAGAGUGGAGAAAUGCAAACUGUGGCGCAGUCAAUUAUUUGAAAGAUUAUUUGACUGAAUGAGAAACUUCAAGAACGAAAUGAUAUGCCUUUGGACAAUUGGAGUGACUUAACCAAUUUAAGAUUUGUCCGCCAAUCUUACUGCUGUGUACCAACCUUUUUCUGUCCUUCUGGUCGUACCUCAAUACUGAUUGAACAUCUUGAAAUGCUAUUAGGAUUCAAGUUUUCGUUUGGCAUUUGAUUUCCUAAUUCACGUAUUCGCCUCAGAACGAAAUUCAUAAUCUCUUUUAUUAGGAAGAUUUAUUGUCGAUCCCUGGCAAUGUGAGUGGGUCUUCUUUAGUUCAGGCCCGGCUAUUACUGAGAACGUUCCUAUUGAUAUUAUUUCUAUUUUGGAUCGAGCCUUAGUAGUUAUUUCAGUACUCAGCUUAGUUACUUAUAUACUUCAGAGAGGAUGUUUCGGAUAUUGACUCAAAAUUAUUUGAACCGAAAUAGUGGAAAAAUUAUCACCCAAUUCAGAAGAUACUAUUUUCGUGAACACAGUAUUUUCCUUCUAGUCACAUCCAUGAGAGCCUAUUUCUUCUGUCUCAGCAUUCCCUAGUGAAGUCAAUCGCCCCAUUUUAACUAAUCAGGAUUAAGUCGAUUUUUAAAGAAGAAAAUGAAGCCGGAAAAAUUGUCAUCUUCCCAUGAGUUUGACACUCUACCCUAUUUUCUGUCACACUAAUCAGGUUGACGGGUGGGGGAACAGUAAGCUUUCCGUGGACUCCACGAGAGGUGCGGCAGUGAGAAGAAUUAUCCUGCGCAUGCACGAAACUUGGCUCACUUGACAAGAGAAAUAGGGUUUUGAAACUUUUCGUAGCAGGAAUCGGUAGGUCCACUUCAAGUUUAGUUUCCAGGGACUCCACAAAGGCGCGCUGUUUCAGGAGUUAGUGACCCUUCUAAAAUAUAUUAAGUGCAUAUUUCGUUGAGCAGCUUCUUGAGCAGCAUGUAUUAGAUUGUUUAAUUGAUUAAAAAAAUUAAUUUUUGUCCGAUAAUUCAAUUUUGUUGUAAAGUAUAAUCACUUUGAAGACCUGGGUAUCCCGUGAAUGAGGUAAAAAUUUCUAUCAAUUUCCAGAAGGAAAUCUUGUUUUUUUUCUUAGUUACUUUAUGAU